GGAAGAGAGAGAAUGCCAACAAAGCAAAAGGCCAAAGGCAUUCUAACUUUCCUCAAACGCCAAUAACUGCAAUAGUAAGUCUAAGGAUUCUCUUCUCAGCUCUCACCAUCCUAAUAAGUAAUAAAAUCUUUCAUCUUUCAUCUAAUCCCAGUAAAAGAAUAGAAUAAAAACAGCAUCUUGUAAGUGGGUGAGGCACCAAAGGUUGAAAUUUGUCAGAUUAGGGUUCUUAUUAUUCUACCAUUUUGCUACAAUUACAAGACACCAUUUCAGAUUUCAGACCCCAACAGGAAUCUGAUUCCGGAGACUUUAGUUCCCUCCGGAUAAGGUAAUGGAACCUGUACUUCGUUCUUUCCCAGUUACCCUUCCAAUAUGAUACCCUUUCCUAUUUUUGUAUCUUAUCUUUUUCUUUUCUUCAUUGUUGUUUCAAAAAAUUGCUUUGAAAUUUUGUACAGUUUUGGAGGGAUGAAAAUUAGUCCUCUCUCUUUCUAUUUUGGGUUGAUUUUUGUUUAUGUGAAAGAGCUAACAAUUAUGUAUCUUUUGGGAUUUGGGGAAUAUAUAAGGUAAAGCACGGAUUUUUGGCUCAUUUGGAUGAAUUCGUUGAUGGGGUUUUCUUGUUUAUCGAUUUGGAUUUAGGAGCGGAAUGAUUACUGUCUGAGAUCAGUAUUUCUUUGUGGUAUUUAUAGGUGGAGGUGAUGCUACAAUUGGCUGCAGUUCUGGAUCGAUUCCUUGGAGGGUUUUUUUUUUGUAUGAUGAUUUGGAGAUAGGCUCUGAAAGAUCAGUGAUUGAAAUGAAUUGUUGUUUGUGAUUUUGAGAGAUUUGACUGCUGAAAUUACAGAGCUUCGGAUUGUUUGGUUGACAAAUUGUGGUUGGAUUUUGGUAACAAUCACAGCUUCAAGUUUUAGAAUUCCAGAGCUGUUGUGUAAAUGGAGGGUCAGGCAAGUUUUGGUGAUGAGGUUUCUGUAAAUUUACUCAGAGAGGAAGAUGAAGAAGAGUUUCGUAGUUGUUGCGAAGAUGAUGAAGUUUGGAAGGAGACCGAAGAACCGGUGAAGGUGGAUCCAAAAGAUGAUCUCGAUGAAUUUUCAGUGAAGAUGUUCUUCAAAGGCAUGUCCAUAGCUGGGUAUGGGGACUCAGGUUUCGGGCUUUCUGGAAUUGGAGUUGUCAUGGAAAGGUCAACCAAUGUUCCUGCACUUCAGGUGCAGAAAAGGCUUGAUUUUUAUGUGGAGGAGCCUGUGGCUAACUAUUUAGCCCUGAUGGAUGGCCUAAUGGAAGCUGUGCAAAAUAAAGUCCGCCGGGUUUAUGCAUUCACAGAUUCUGAGCUGCUAUAUGAUCAGGUAUCACAUGAGCAGAAACUUGAAAUUCCACUCCUAGUAGCGCUGAGGCAAAGGAUCCUAGAGCAUGCCAGUCAUCUUGAUGCUUUUGUUCUGAAACUUGUCCCCACUGUAGAUCUUGAGCUGCCAUCAAAAUUAGCUCAAGUGGCAAUUGGAGUUGUCUCUUUUCCUGCUAAGGGUGUUGAAUCACUUGAAAACUGUUCCAUCUGUUGCGACGAUAAACCAUCCCUAAUGAUGAUCACCAUGAAAUGUUCUCAUAAGUUCUGUUCGCAUUGCAUGAGGACAUACGUUGAUGGGAAGGUGCAGUCCUCGCAAGUCCCCAUCAGAUGUCCUCAGCCGAGGUGCAAGUAUUACGUCUCCACUGCUGAGUGCAAAUCUUUUCUUCCACUCACUUCUUAUGAAUCAUUGGAGAAAGCCCUCGCAGAGGCAAAUAUUCUCCACUCAGAUAGAAUUUACUGCCCAUAUCCAAAUUGUUCUGUCCUGCUUGAUCCUCUUGAAUGUUUGUCAGCUAGGGCAAGUUCAUCAAGUCAGUCAGAUAACAGCUGCAUUGACUGUCCAGUUUGUCAGAGAUUCAUCUGUGUAGAUUGUGGGGUUCCUUGGCAUUCAUCUAUGAGCUGUGAGGAGUUCCAAAACCUCCCAUUGGAAGAGAGAGAUGCUGCAGACAUUACCUUACAUCGCCUAGCACAAAAUAAAAGCUGGAGACGUUGCCAGCAGUGUCGUAGGAUGAUCGAGCUCACUCAAGGUUGCUACCACAUGACAUGCUGGUGUAGGCAUGAGUUCUGUUAUUCUUGUGGUGCUGAAUAUAGGAAUGGCCAACAGACUUGUCAAUGUGCCUUUUGGGAUGAAGACAACAACAACACAGAAGACUUGGUCACUCAGUCUAUGCAAGAAUCUGAGCAAUGGGCAUGGGAAACAUUCAAUUCGCUCCCCAUGAUAAUGGACGCAUACUCAGACCAAGAGAGAUCACAGUUGGCACUGAUCCAGAGGUUCCUAGCUGGGGGUUUCAGUUUAAGUGACCACCCCCCCUACCAAUCCCCACCCCGUUGUACAGAUUCCUACGUAGAUGCAAUGAAAGAUCUCCAUCAGCUUCCUUGGCUCGAGAGGUUCGUUUCUGUGAUAAGUGAUAACUACUAUGAAGAAUACAUCCAAUGAAUUAUAGGACUUCUGAAGUUGGAAAAUAACCUGCAUAGCUUCCCACCAAUACUUUUCGCAUAAGAAAGAGUAAAGAGUUCCUCGCUCUAUUCACUCCAAUUUCAUGAUCAUGAAGAUAAUGUACCUCUUUUCCUUUGUAGUUUCAUGAUCAUUGUGUUAAGAUAAACCUUGUGACCAUCAAGGUCCCUUGUGUGUACCAUAGAAGGGGAAGCAUCUAUUCUUGAUGAUCGCUUUCUUCUUGAAGGACAGAGGAAAAGAAAGAAAAAAAGAUAGUGAAUUGAAUUGAAAGAACAUUUAUCAUGUUAGUGAAUUAAAAUGCCAUAAAUGUAUUUCCAUUUUAUA